CCAGGUGGCAAACAUACAGUAUCACAAAAAGAACAAUCUCUCCAGCAAUGAACCAACAAAAACCAAAAAGCUCCCAACAAAAACCAAAAAGCUCCCAAAGCUAAAACCUUAAAACCCCACAAAAAUGGCAGAAUCUCACAACCCAAAAACCCAAAAUCAAGACCAUAAACCAACAAUCCCACCACCACCAACAAAACCCUCAAUCAAUGGCAGCUCUAAUGGCUCAAAUUCGGGUCAAAAAAUCCGUUUUCAGAACCCACCCGAAACAAUUAACCCAGAUGCUGCAACAUUGAAGGAUCAAUGGAGGUUUGCUAUUAGGCAAUACAGCAGAUGGUACUCUCAUGCUUGGGGCACCGCUAUUUUUGCAGGUGGAGCUUUUUUUGCUUUGGGUUGGAUCAUCAAAGGUGGUAAUCCUCUCCCCUCAUACAAAUCUCAGGAUUCUUCUGAUUCUGCUCAAAAUCUGGGAGAAAAAUGAUGGCUUUUUUUUCAAUUUUGAGUUUCUUGGAUGGAAAGGCGAUGGCAGACCUAGUCUUAGCUGAAUAUGGUGGUCGCUUUGUGUUCUCAGUCACAGUUGAUGAGCUUCAUCCAUAGAAUGAGAGAGAGUAAAGAGAAAGGUAGAGAGAGAAGUAUUAUUUCUGAAUGUUGUCUUUAUCGCUCUAUGGUUCCCCCGGCUGAACAUGAUACAGUCCUGUGGACAACAUUGAUACUAUGACGAGGUUGACUUAAAUGACUCGUGCAUUAUAUUGCGUCUGAUUUCACUUGCUAUGUAUAUGUCAUUGUACAGAAAUUUCUUUUCCA